GACAGGUCUCCCUAUUGGUGACAAAUGGUUGAUGCCAUUACCAUAUGCAGGGUGGGGUUCAAAGCCCCUAGUGAGAGUGCUUUGAGGGGACCCAUUUUGUCUCAAAUGGUGGAUGAUGUGAAAAAGGAUUUAGAUGAACAACGCCAGAUAUGGAGCACUAAAGGUUGCACCAUCAUGACUGAUGGUUGGACGGAUAGGAAAAAUAGAACUCUCCUUAAUUUUCUUGUUUCUUCCGCAGGGGGCAUCGUUUUCAUCAAGUCCAUUGAUGCCUCCGCCCAUUGCAAGAAUGCCACCUACCUAUGUGAGCAGAUAGAGGAGGUGAUUGAAGAUGUGGGUGAGGAGAACGUGGUACAGGUGGUGACCGACAAUGCAACAAAUUAUGUUGCUGUAGACUAUUGAUGGAGAGGUACCCAUCUAUAGUUUGGACUCCAUGUGCUGCUCAUUGCAUUGACCUCAUGUUGGAGGAUAUUGGAAAAAUCCCAUGGGUCAAGAGAUGUGUAGAAAGGGCAAGAAAUGUUUGCAAAUUUGUAUAUAAUCAUUCAUGGGUGUUGGCUCUUAUGAGACAAUACAUAGAGCAGAAGGAGUUAGCUUGUCCAGGAAUCACAAGAUUUGCCACAAACUUCCUCACAUUGCAGUCCAUGCUAAGGUCUAAGUCUGCCUUGAGACGUAUGAUUGUUGGAGAGGAGUGGUCUUCCUCAUCCUAUGCUACCACCCCUCCAGGGAUAGAUAUGGCAGAGUGCAUUUUUGAUGAGCAAGGCUUUUGGGUCCCUUGUGAUGAGAUAGUUAAGGUAAUUUUUUUAUAAAUUCUACAAUUUAACUUCAUGUUUUAUAACUUAUUAUAUGUAUUCUCUUAUUUGCUCAUUUUUCUAAAUUACACAAUAUUUUCAAUUUUGCAAUUUGUUAAGUCCUUGGUGGUUUUGUUGCGAGUUGCGGAUGGAAAUAAGCCCGCAAUGGGCUAUAUAUAUGAGGGCAUGGAUAGGGCGAAGGAGGCCAUCAGAUUCGUCUAUGGAGCAGAUGAGAGCAAGUAUGGUCCCAUUUGGGAGAUCAUUGAUAGGAGAUGGCAUCAUCAGCUUCAUAGGCCCAUCCAUGCGGCAUUUUUUGAAUCCGGCAUUCCGUUUUAUCCCUUCUUUCAAGGCUGAUGUGGAGGUCCUUAAUGUGCUAUAUGCAAUCAUGGAGAAGAUGGGACCUGCUGGUACUUCUCAGAUAGACCUUUUUCGAGAGCUACAGAUGUUCUCAGAUGCACAAGGGGAGACCUUCUCUCGUCCCGUCGCCAAAGACGGUAGGACAACUAUGAUGCCAGAUCAUUGGUGGAACUUUUUUGGCCCAGAGACACCAAAUAUUCAGAAGUUGGCCAUUCGCAUCUUGAGCCAACCAUGCAGCGCAUCAGGUUGUGAGUGCAAUUGGAGUAUGUUUGAGCACAUACACUCCAAGAGGCGCAAUAGAUUAUCUGUGGAGAAGAUGAAUGAUCUGGUCUUUGUUCACUACAACCUCCACCUGAGAAUGAGAAAGAAUGCAAUAGUUGACAUGUCUCCUAUCAUUCUAGAUGAGGUUGAUCUUGAAGCAGAGUGGGCCAAUGAGAAUCAGACAGCUCAUGGGACUCCUACAGCUGUAUUUAGUGGUGAUGACAUUGAUUGGAUCGACCAGGUAGAUAUAGAGGCUGAGGCUGUAGCCAUGGCAGAGGAGGAGCAGAGAGCAUGAGCAGAGACAGGAAAUACUGAGACUUAGAGUGACACAGUUGUUCCUGAUGUUGGUGAGCAUGACACAGCCGUUCCUGAUGUUGGUGAGCAUGGCAUGGUGUCACGAGGAGCGACUAUGGCUGCUGAAUCAUCUAGGACCUACUUUAAACGCCUUCGCAGGGGGCCAGGGCGAGAGGGUGCACGACCCUCUGAGCCAUAGGCUUGUACACUUGUAGUUGUAUUUAGUAUUUAGUAUCUACCUUUGGUAUUUGUAUGGAAUAUUUGAUGAUGA